GCGGCGCGCGCGCAGCCGUGCGGCCCCUCCCAUUGGCCGCGCCGCCUGCCCGUCGCGGGGCCCGUGGCAGCGCUUCAGGUCGUCGGGCGCCGGCGCUCGGUGGCGACGGCUGCUGGUGGCGGCGGCGGCGGCUGCGCUGCACGGCGCGGACGGUGGACGCGCCUCUGGGGCCGGGCCAGGCCUUUGGGGAACCGGGGCGAGGCAGGGCCGGGCCGGCGGCAGCCGGGGGACCGCGACGAUGACUCUGGAGUCCAUGAUGGCGUGUUGCCUGAGCGACGAGGUGAAGGAGUCGAAGCGCAUCAACGCGGAGAUCGAGAAACAGCUGCGGCGGGACAAGCGCGACGCCCGGCGCGAGCUCAAGCUGCUGCUGCUUGGUACUGGCGAGAGCGGCAAGAGUACCUUCAUCAAGCAGAUGCGCAUCAUUCAUGGCGCCGGCUACUCAGAGGAGGACAAGCGAGGCUUCACCAAACUGGUGUACCAGAACAUCUUCACUGCCAUGCAGGCCAUGGUGCGCGCCAUGGAGACACUCAAGAUCCUCUACAAGUAUGAGCAGAACAAGGCCAAUGCACUCCUGAUCCGGGAGGUCGAUGUGGAGAAGGUCACGACUUUUGAGCACCAGUAUGUGAACGCCAUCAAGACACUGUGGAGUGACCCUGGUGUCCAGGAGUGUUACGAUCGCAGGCGAGAGUUCCAGCUGUCUGACUCGGCUAAGUACUACUUGACGGACGUGGACCGCAUCGCCACAGUAGGCUACCUGCCCACUCAGCAGGAUGUGCUGCGGGUACGAGUGCCCACAACCGGCAUCAUCGAGUACCCAUUUGACCUGGAGAACAUCAUCUUCAGGAUGGUGGAUGUGGGCGGGCAGAGGUCAGAGCGCAGGAAGUGGAUCCAUUGCUUCGAGAACGUGACUUCCAUCAUGUUCUUGGUGGCACUAAGCGAGUAUGACCAGGUCCUGGUGGAGUCGGACAAUGAGAACCGCAUGGAGGAGAGCAAGGCCCUGUUCCGCACAAUCAUCACCUACCCCUGGUUCCAGAACUCGUCUGUCAUUCUCUUCCUCAACAAGAAGGACCUUCUAGAAGACAAGAUCCUGCACUCACACUUGGUCGAUUACUUCCCUGAGUUCGAUGGGCCACAGAGGGACGCACAGGCCGCACGCGAGUUCAUUUUGAAGAUGUUUGUGGACCUGAACCCGGAUAGUGACAAGAUCAUCUACUCGCACUUCACCUGUGCCACUGACACCGAGAACAUCCGCUUUGUGUUCGCAGCCGUGAAGGAUACCAUCUUGCAGCUGAACCUGAAGGAGUACAACCUGGUGUGACCGAGGCAUGGCUGCCACCAGGGCCAGCUUCCUCCGCAUCCGGUCACCCAAACCGAGGGAUCUGGGCACAUGGGGGCUGGGGCAUGUCUCUUUUCCCGCUCACUUCCUGUCCCUGUCCCUGCUCCUCAAGGGCAGAGUGGCCUCUUUUUGGCCUUGACUCAAUGUGGCUUGAGUUGUUUUUUUUUUUUUUUUUUUUUUUUCCUAGAAAACAAAAACAAAAAAAAAAAGAAAAACACAUGAACAGCAGUGUACCCUCCCCAGAGAAACCCCCACAGCCACAGGCUAUUAAGAUCAGGGCCACUGCAGCCCGAGCCUAUAGUCCUGAGUUCGAGUCCUCCCCCAGGAAGGCUGGAGGCUUGGGGACCAUGGACUAUCCCUUUUCUAAGUUAUUGAUAUCCCAUAUGCCCUCAGGGUCCGCACCAUCUCCCUAGACUCCCAAGAAGUGGGGGUGGGCGGCCCUGUGCCCACCCUGGGAAGUGCCUAAUCGUUUUUGUUUUGUUUUUGUUUUUGAAGAAAAGAGAAAUAUUCUCCACUCUGACUUGGCAGGCAGGUGACACAUUGCAGGGUCUAGUGACCAUAACCCCUGUGUUCCCCUGCUGCAGACAGGGCCUGGCCUUUGGUGAAGUGGGGGUGGGGAGAUUAAGUCCCCAAGACCCACUGCUCACUGAUGGCUAGGAAAGGCCCUGGGAACCCUGAGGGGCUACGUGGAGUUGGGCAGCUGGAGGGACUGUCCAAGUCUACGUGGCUCAGCAAGACUCCCCCCCCCAACCCAGUUAAGAGCGGGGUGGACAGGGGCCUCUUCCGAAUAUUCUCAGGUCCAUACCCAGACAUGGGCAGUGGCCUCACCCCACGCACUGGUCCCUGGCCAUAGUCACUGCACCGUGCCUGGUGCCUCCUAAACCAGAGGGCCAGCGUGUAGGAGGUGAUGGCUGUGGCCAGAGAGGACAUAAGCAGGCCCCUGCUGCUCAUAUACACUACAGUGUCUGUCAGAUUUCUUUACUUUUGCACGUGCGUUCUGGGCUUGGGAAUCCGGCCAUGCCUUUGUCCUGCCUGCCAAGCUGGACUCCAGGCCCCAGAGUGUCCAUCUACUCAGACACAUGCCAAUCUGGGCAGCUGGCCACAUUGCCAUUCCAGGCAGAAGGGAACAAGAGACCAGUGGGUAUGGCAGAGCCCUAGGUUAUGAUGGGUGGCUACGACAAUCACCCACAUUCCUGGCCUCCAGCCCGUGGAUUCCCCCACCUCACCACCCCAGGCUCCUCUCCUGUCUCCAGUUGAGGGUCCGAUCUGUGCCAUCCACACACUACAGAGCUACAUGGAUGGCAGGGUCAUCCUGGCCACCCACAGACUCCCCCGUGGGAGACCCAGGUCCUCACAGCAGGCAUCUGUGUUGCACAAUGGGAAGAGAAGUUGGGACUGUACAGGUGUCUAAGGCUGGACCACCGCAAGCCGCCAAAGUGUUAGCCUCUCUUGAGCAGUAUGUGCCAAGUGUUCUGGGCCAUGGUGGCCACAGCCAAAGCCCUGGGGCAGCAACCAGCUCACCCAAGUGGUGGGUAGUGGGUUCUGCUCAGGGGAACUGUGUUGGGGGCCCUUGGGGCUCUGUGCCACACAGGUCAGGAUGGGGACCCCAGCCUCCCUACUUCUGACCUGGUCCUCACCAAGGGAUGGCCCGAUUGCAGGAGACACACUAGUUUCUUUGUGUCCAUCUUGGUGCACUGGGAGUGCCAACCACCAUCCAGCACCCGGUCUAGGGAGCCCAGGCCUGGCCUGUGGUGGCUGCCAGUGGCUGCUGUGACCCUUGUAUAUUACACAGUCCUGAUUUCAAACUUCAGCCUAUUUAAGAGAACACUAAAAACACUGUUUUUAACCCUCGUCCUUUGUGAAGCAUGUUCCCGUGUGAGGGGGAGGCUCAGGCACCCAGCUCAGUGCCAGGCUCCUACAGGCCCUCGGCCAUGGAUGCCAGGGUGCAAGCAGAGGUCGGGGCCCUGACCCCUUAACCCAGAGGGUCUUGCUGAAGCCACCUUUUCAUAUCUUUCUCUUGAAUUCUGUUUUAAAUCGGAAUAAAUUUUGUUCCUAAA